AUGGCGUCGGACCCAGCACCGUCCACGGACAAGUGGAUGAAUUUUCUGACGGAGGCGAAUCUCGACGACGACACCUACGUGCCCGGCGUGCUGCUGCCGUCGCAGCCGGCGUUAGAGCAGGUCGCGUGCAGCGCCGAGGGCGGCGGCAACACAGACGAAGGCGAAAAGGCGGGUUCCAGCAGCAGGAAGAGGUCGCGGGAUGAGGGAGCGAACACUGCUGACGUGUCAUGCAGCAAGGCCAACCGGGAGAAGAUGAGACGCGACCGACUCAAUGACAGGUUCCUGGAGCUGAGUCGAUCAUUGGAGCCAGGGAAAGCCCCCAAGGCGGACAAGGCGAGCAUCCUGUGUGACGCGGUGCGUGUGCUCACCCAGCUGCGCGCCGAGCGAGAGGCGCUCAAAGAGAGCAACGCGGCGCUGCAGGAGCAGAUCAAGGAGCUCAAGGCUGAGAAGCACGAAUUACGUGAGGAGAAAGCUCGCCUGAAGGCCGAGAGCGAGAAGCUUCAGCAGCACGUCAACGGCUCUGCUGCCGCCGCAGCAUCAGCCGCUGCCGCAGCUGCUACCCCCACCCACCCCGCCACUCCCACCGCCGCCAUCCCCGUCGCCGCCAUCCCUCUCCACCACUCUCCACCCACCACGCCCGGCACACCCAUGGCGUACCAGCCACACCCCCACGCUGCAGCCAUGCAUGCAGCUGCUGCGGCCUAUGCUGCUCAGAUGCAGCAGUGCCAGCAGAUGGCUCUCGGCACUCCCAAGGGGGCACACAUGGGAGGCAUGAACACUCCCAUGUCUGCACCCAUGCCCGCUCCCAUGACUGCUGCUGCUGUGUCGCACGCAGUGUCCCAUCCAGUGGGUCAGCCUGUGCCUCAGCCGAUGCAUCAGCCAGGGGUGUUUGCGGGCGGCCCGCCGCCCAUGGCCAUGUGGCAGUGGAUGGCGCCUACCUCAGUUGACACCUCGCAGGACCACAUGCUCAGGCCGCCCGUGGCUUAG